AUGGCAUCUGUCGACACCAAGAACGACUACAGCAUGGAGGCAGGAUUGUUGAGCACUGACCGAGAAGAGAGGACCAUGUCGUCAAAGGAAGCACUACUCCAGGAUUCGGAAUCUGCCCAGACCAUCCCAAGGACAAAGACCAGAAGGAUAUCCCCAGCUGGCAAGGCCUUGAUUGCUUUGGCCGCUUGCUGUCUUCUGGGCGUCGGUGUAGCAUCCAUUGGAGGCGCUACCCGAUUCUGCCCUGGACAUCUCCGCCAUGGUGAUGUUGGAAAGCAUGGCAUGAACGCUCAUCGACCAAAUCUUUCCGAUUCCAUGGCCCAGAUGGUUCGACGACAAAACACACCAGCACCUACCGAUUCAGAGCAGGGCACUGAAGCUACCGAUGCCGCUUCUGGUGGCGCUUCCAAUGCUCCCUCGGGCGGCUCUUCAGACGGAGCCUCUGGUGGUGCUUCAAACACCGUACAGCAACCCACUGCUACGGCCGAUGAGCCCACAAACGGUGCUAGCGAGACUGCUGCUCAGCCUUCCGCUACCGCUGAAGAGUCAACCGACCAGGCCAGCGCCACAGAAGAGGCCUCAAACACCCAGGCUCAACCGUCAGUUACUCAGCCAUCUGCCACCAGUGAGCCUUCCUCACCCUCGCGCCCUGCGAGCUCAGAACCUGAGGAGCCCACCUCUAACCCGGAUACAGACCGACCUUCUGCCACUGCCCAACCUACCGAGGACUCAGCUACUGAAGCAUCUGCUUCUGCCACGGAAUCUCAAGAGGAGUCUACUCAGCCUGCAUCCACAGCCGCUGCUUCUACACAGCGAACCACCCGCAGGACCACGGAAAACCGACCCUCGUCCACUGAGGACUCUUCCCCUGAAUCGACCACCAAUGAUUCCGAGGCCACUGCCACUGGUACGUCCGUUUCGGAAGAGGAACCUUCUGAGACUGUUCCCUCUUCUCGUGCUUCAACUUCCAAUCCUUCUGCUCCUAGUGCUGCAACCUCCACUGCUGCCAGUACGUCUACUCGAAGAACUUCUUUGCCUGAUACCUCCUCUUUUUCUGAAUCACCGUCCGAGACGGCUUCUUCGGGUGAGACCCUUCAAUCCACCGCCCUUGAUGAUACUUCCACUGUUAUCGAAUCUGCCACCGUUCCCUCGUCCACUGUCGCCGAAGCUACCACUGUCAUCUCCGAUUCAACUUCUGAGUCAGCUUCCGGGCCAACUCAAGAGUCGGAAACAGCCUCCCAGGCUUCAGAGGAGACAGAGACGACUACCGAUCAGGAAACCACAACUCGGACAGACGAGGCUUCACGAACCUCAGACAAUGCCGAAAGCGCGAGUGAGACCAAGUCUGAACGAAGCACUGUGACUGGAACAGGUACCAGACGAACUUCGAGUGCUGUGCCCAAGACCUUCACUUCUACGCUUGCAGAUGGUGGCAUUACAACACUGACUUCGACUUCUUGGGUUGAAGUUGUCCCCUCGGCCGAAGCUACUGCUGGCAGCCCUGACCUUCAGAACGCCGCUCCUCGAUCCGUCGGUUCAGUUCUUGGCGCAGUCGUGGGUAUGGUCUUUGGUGGUUUCAUUCUCCUGUAA